CCCACGACUCUUCUACCAUCUGAAGACCAUGCCAAUGACUCACUCUAUCGGGUCCAACCGGCUGUCAGGGGCAGGCAGUUACAGUGGGGGCUCAGGCUUUACUGGUGUGGGCUAUGGCAUGGGGCUGGGUGCAGGGCUGGGGUUAGAUGGAGGCAUGGGGAUGGGGGGUGGAGCAGGACUAGGCUUUGGGGGUGGUGGAGGCUACAGGUCUGGGAUUGGUAUGGGUGCUGGUGGUACUGCUGCUUUCUCUAUGGGCCGUACUAUGGCAGCAGGGGGGCUGGGAGCCAGUGCAGCACUUGCUGCGGAAGGAUCUUCUGCUUUUCUGGGGCUCAUGCCGGCUCCAGUCCUCACGCGGGCCGCAGAGAAGCGCACGCUCUCCGGGCUCAACAAGCGUUUCUCAGGCUACAUGGCUGAGGUGAGGCAGCUGCAGCAGGAGAAUGCGGCCCUUGAGGCCAACCUCGCCCAGCUCACUGGGGGUGUGGGUAUGACCACGGAGUCCACUGGAGCCACCACCACCACGGCUGACUACGAGAACCAGGCGGUGGAGUACAGAGAUAAACUGGAUAGUCUCACCAUUGACACGGUGAAACUGGAAAUCGAGCUGGACAGCAUCCGGGGAACCGCCCAUGAGAUGAAAGCCAGGUAUGAUUUUGAGCAAGGUGUAAAUUAUCAGCUGGAAGCAGAUAUUGCCACCAUGAAAAGGGACAUUGACAUGGCCCACAAUCUCAAAAUUGAAUUAGAUGCCAACCACUCGAGCCUUAAAGAUGAGCUGGAUUUCUUCACCCAAACUCAGCAUGAGGAGCUGUUCAGAAUUCAGUCCCAACUGGGGACCUCAUCAACCGACACAUCAGUGUCUAUGAUUGAGUUGGACACUUGCAAGUCUUUUGACAUUGCAACAGCCCUCAACAAGAUAAGAACAGAGUAUGAUCAGUCAGUACAGGAGCAUAAACUGAAGGCAGACACUUACUACAAAAGCAAGAUGGAGGAGGUCCAGACAGCCACUGCUAGCACUUCGGAGGCCCUCACAAACAGCAAGGCAGAGAUCUCUGCCUCCAAGAAAGAACUGCAGGGCCUCAAUCUAGAACUACAGAGUCUGGCCAACACAAAUCUGACCUUGGAGCGAGGUAUGGCUGUGGCCCAUGCCCACUCUGAUGGGGAAGUAGGGGAGUACCAGACCCAGAUCAGAACCUUGGAGGCAGCCAUCGAGGAGGCCAAGGUGGACCUGCACAAGCAAAUCCUUAGCUUCCAGGAGCUGCUGGACGUCAAGCUUGCCCUGGAUGUUGAGAUCACUACCUACCGGACACUGCUGGAUGGGGAGGACCUCAGGGUAUCUGCAGGGAGCCUCCCUUUCCCAGGGACCUCCUACACUAACACAGAGGCAUGGUCUGAGUUGACUUCUGAUGCAGAGUCAGAGCCCUAAAGGUCAGUGAUCCUACCUCAACGGCCCAGGAGCAUAGUGACCCUA